AGGUUCGUGAAAUCGCGGAAUCGUGGGUUGUCUACGAGUCAGGUCCCAACGUUGUCCUGUCCUGCUGUCGAGCAGUAAGCACUAGUUAAGUGACACUAACAUGAAACUGGGCUGUUGGUUCACUGAGUGUGAGUCGAGAGUUUAGGAAAUAAAAGCGGUUGAGGCGGUGCAGGCGACAUAGCGAGUAGUGAGUGGUUCGUGUGUAUGUGUAUGACAUAACGUAGACACAGACGGGACAGCGAGACCCGGCCUUUAAACUCAGUGACGUGCACCACUAAUGGGGGAAUUUAGUUUGAGUGGUAAUGCAACUAACAUCGGGAUAAGUGCAGUGGAAAUAUCGCUGAACACAAGCAAGGGCAUUUCGAAUUCGAAAUUUUUCACCACACCUUCCUCCGGCAGUGGAACGGAAUCGUCGGCAUCAUCAGCAGCGGCAGAUUGUAUCAAUUCGACAAUGCAAGAUGAACAAAUCACUGACAAAUCUGUGGUCAGUGGUGCAAGUGUUGGUGCAGGUGUUAGUGCCAAUGUUAAUAAUAUCAGUGUCGGCUCAGAUCCUGGUGUUACUUCCAUCGGUCCUGACGAUCUAUCAAUAUCAAACCCCAUUAUUGUAGCAUCGAACACAACGAGUGAUAAGAUUAUCACGUCCACCAAUUCUCCGCCAACGACAGCCCCAAGCAAAGAUUUAAAUCUCGACAGUACUCCGGGACCUGGUGCUCUGCAGCUCACCACAGACAAACUAAGUGAUCAGGUCCCAGUACAAGUUCCAAAUCCAAAGCUAACAUCCUCCUCACUACCACCGUUGUUCCAUCCUGUAGACGCUUCUCCGGGAACUGGACCAGGUGGCACCUUAUGGUCCACAGCCAUCGAAGAUGCCCCGUUCUCUUCCAACAUGACCAAUUUGAAUGGUGGUGUGGGAACUAGCGUGGUGGGUGCUGGGAGCAAUCUUUCCUUUCAAAAUUAUUCGGCCAACCCGCAAACCCAGCAAUUAUAUAGUAACAACAUGAACCAAGUGAACCAGCAGGGAAGACGAGCAAUUACAGCCAGCCACAAUUUCCCACACAACAUGGCCCGCCAACAACAAUCCCAGCAUACCCUUUACAAGGGUUAUAGCGGCUCUUGGGCGAACCCCGGCCAAAAUUGGGCCAGUAACUCCUCGGUAUGGAACAGAGGACGUAGUGUACCAAAUAUGACGCCCCUUCAACAGCAACAGAUGGGUGUUGCUGCAGCUGGUAGAAAACCUAGUCCCACGUUUAAUCAACAACAGCAAAUUAUCUCCCCCGUUAAGUUCAGACGUAGUACUUCUUAUCCAGGAAAAGGACCCUUUCCUCAGCCACCAACUUUUGAAAUUACCAACAUGGAUGAGGCUAGGGAUCUUCUGCCCUAUCAGGAUCGCUGUAACGUCGUGAGUGCGAACGGCAGCAGUCCUUUGGAAAACAUGAGGGGAUUGGAGCAUUACUUGAACGACAUUAUGCGUCCACAGGCAGACGCAACCGACAUUAAAGGUUUUAUAAAUUGCAGCACCAACACAUUUCAAUCGUUGCAGCAAUUGCAUGGAAAAUACUUCCCCGGAUUGGACGAUCAGGCUGGCCCUGUUCUCCUGGAAGAGCCGUCCCAUCUGGUGGACAACGCCUUGACUGGCGGCAACCAACCCCUCAGCUCACCAUCAAGAUCCUCGCCCCAUUCCCAGGGCUCCGAAGGUGGAGAACGAUUCUCCCGUAAGGUGUUCGUCGGCGGUCUACCGCCCGACAUCGAUGAGGACGAGAUCACAGCCAGUUUUAGGCGUUUCGGCCCCUUGGUCGUGGACUGGCCGCACAAGGCCGAAAGCAAAUCAUACUUCCCUCCAAAGGGAUACGCGUUUUUAUUAUUUCAGGAUGAAAAUUCCGUUCAGAGUUUAAUCGAUGCUUGUAUAACCGACGAAGACAAGCUCUAUUUGUGCGUAUCGUCCCCAACAAUAAAGGAUAAGCCGGUCCAAAUUAGACCAUGGCGUCUCUCAGAUGCCGACUUCGUUUUGGACGCGUCCAUGCCUUUAGACCCAAGGAAGACAGUUUUUGUCGGAGGUGUGCCCAGACCAUUGAAAGCUGUCGAAUUGGCCAUGAUUAUGGACAGGCUUUAUGGUGGCGUGUGUUACGCAGGCAUCGACACAGAUCCCGAACUGAAGUAUCCGAAAGGAGCUGGCCGCGUUGCGUUCAGCAACCAGCAAAGUUACAUAGCAGCCAUCAGUGCUAGGUUCGUCCAACUCCAACAUGGUGACAUUGACAAGCGUGUCGAAGUGAAACCAUACGUUCUCGAUGACCAAAUGUGUGAUGAAUGCCAAGGACAACGCUGUAGUGGCAAAUUUGCACCAUUCUUCUGCGCGAAUGUUACUUGUUUGCAGUAUUACUGUGAACAUUGUUGGGCAACUAUUCACGCUCGUCCAGGUAGGGAGUUCCACAAGCCAUUGGUAAAGGAGGGAGCUGAUAGACCUAGGGCUGUGCCAUUUCGUUGGUGUUAACGCAGGAAAUGCUAGCAGUAGUAGCAGCCAAGGAAGCAGGAAUUGCUAAAUCGGCACAUUCGGUCAGUUGGUUGACUAAAAAAUACCGGCAAUCAAAUGGAUACUGGACGAUUCAAACUAGAAAUAACAAACGCGACGGUAUUGCCCGAAAAAUUAACAUGUUGUGCAAUUUUAUUGUAGAUUUUCAAGUCUUAACGUGUAUUUCUAAGUAUGUAACUUUUAUAAUUAGUUAAAAUUAACGUAUUUUUGAGAAAAUUUAUUGGGUGUGUAAAAAUUGUUAUAAAUUGAGCAAUAUCGGCAACCACUCUCGCUACCAUGUUGCUUUUUAGCUUAUUACCAUACUCGGCGACUUGGUGGUGGUGAUCAGUAACCAUUCGAUUGUUAAUAAAACUAAACUAGACUAACUUCACUUGGCUAGCGGUCUGCUGAUUGCAUAGGCAUAAUAAUUAUCUAGUAGCAAUUACAAUAUACAUAUUUAUAUACGGAAUACAUGUUAUGUAAUCAAUUAUCUAACCAAAUUCUGUAUGGCGCCUCACGAUAGCGAUCUAACUUCCACAGCAUCGCAGCAAUCUAAGCAGGCCACUUUAUGUAUAUGUUGGCGCAUUGCAAGUUGAUCAGGUGAUGCGACAUAGUCAGUAAUUUUCAGGGUAUUGUAAAUACUAGUCUAAUCUGCAUAUUGCUGCUCUGCCCUGGAUGUUUUUCACGCUUCUGGCGACCACUUAAAUCCCAUGUACCUGAAACCGGCAAACCGGCGGUUUCCCUAAUGUAUUUCCCCCUUUAGCCCUUCACAACUUAGGUAAUGAUUAGAUCCAAGAAGGUUAGCCCUUAGUUCAUCUCUAACGAACAGGCGUUUAAGGAAGAUGAAGUUGUGGGUUAAGCUUCUUGUGCUACAGGCAACAUAUCUGACUACAUCAAACACUCAAACGCCAACGAGUCCAUGAUGGUCGGGCACCAAACAGCUGAAAAUUUUUAGGUGGUGAUGCUGAACCUGAAAAUUUUCUUGUUGUCGACAGUCUUGAGAUCUAGUAGUCUCGGUUCGCGAUGGAUGUUUCAAUGAAUGAUGAAUCUCUCAAUUCGAAAUUAAAACUAAAACUGACCAAAACAGCAAAAUCUUAUGAUGAUGAUGGAUGAACCUGUUCUAAUGGACUAGACGUGUGCAAAUUGGUUGUGGCUCGUUGGUUGUUGACAUUUGAGUAUGUGAUAGAGGAUGAAUACGAUGAUUUUUUAGUAAAUAUAAAAGUGAAUGGGUAAGAUCGCCGUCGGUAACCCUGUCUGCUGCCUCUUGAUAUAAACCUUGGCCCUUUUCACUUAAUCCUACUGAUCUGAAUGCUGAGAAGAAAUCCUUUGGCCCUUUACGCUUCCUGCUUUUUGUCAGCCAUCUUGCUAUUUGCAUUUUAUACCAUCCUUUAUUUUUAAUGUGUGAUACCAUAGACGUCUUAAUGUAUUAAAACAAUUGCACGAUAUGUAUAGUAUAUAUUAUUAUAUAUAGUAUCAGCUAUUCUAAGACUUUGUAUUUUUUAAAUUUGAAUUUUUAUACUAAACUGUUAUAAAUGGUGAUUAGUAAAUUUUUGAUGUGUGCAAUAAAUUUGCCCAAGCAGGCCAUUGUAAAUUGGCCAUCUUGGCGCUGUAGAGUUUAUCUUUAAUUGUAAAUCAUUAAAUAAUUCCUAGGUAAUUGAUAAAUGUGUGCUAAGUGACAAACUAAUUAUGAACAGACAAACAAACAGAUCUUUCUACCCAGGUUUCAAUCAAAGACUGGACUUAUCAACCCAAGCACGCUAAAUGUUAUUAUACAAGGUUUUUAUAAUGGUUGCUACAGUUAGAGACUUGGGAAUGUUUGGCCACUCCCCAUUAUGUCAAUUGUUACAAGUUACAAAGAAUUCCGCGACAUUCACAGAACUUGAUUGGUGACAUAGUGGGGAAGGUUUGUUAAAGCUUAUACUAUAACUAUAACCUCCAGCAAAGGCUUCAUUAACAUGUUUCUGUAGAUGACGAAUGACUGAUUUUUGCUCAAUUCGACGAAUUGUAUGGAAGUUGGUAGGCAUUUUUUAAUGACGUACUGAUUUAUCGUAGGGGAAUCAUCAUUUGGGGCGUAAUUAAGUCUUUGCUGGAGAUUGAUCAGAUCGGAUUUGUACGUAUUUUAAAUAAUUUGGUAAUCUUGUUUCCGAUAAAAAUCGGUAUAGGUGUAGAUAGUGUAUAGUGUUUAUUUGUUAUGAUGGUUUUUAUAUAUUUUGUUUAGUUGUUUUUUAGAUAAUGUUUUUAGCUUCCAACUAGUCAAUGGUAGAGAAAAUGUGUUGAUAAUGGCGUACUGUACUGUGUGAUUGUCUGUUUAUAGAAAAUGUGAUAAGACAAUGUCAUGCCAAAGUAUUUCCAAACAAAAUAUAAACUAAUACCAAUAUUUUAUGAAAUUGAAUAGGAUCCUUUGAACAGACUGACUGUUGGAGAAAAUUUGGCUUGUCGCUAAGCAUCCAUCACACAAAUGUAAAUCAACCAUCUACAAUAUGGUACAAAAAUAUAAUGUAAUGUAAUGUCGAUAUGAUUUUUAAAUAUUUACACUCCUUUUUCUACUGUUUGUAUAUUAUUGCUCUCCUUACCAGUGGAGAAAAAAGCUCGUGGAUGGGAAUGAGAUAAGACAUUUGUAUCAAAUUCUGUAGAAAUUUGUCGUUUUUAUCUAAUUAUAUAUAACUUUUUAUCCGUUUAUGAGAUUUAUAAGUGAAUACAACACAGUCAGUAUCAACCUGACUGUCUUCAUAUUUUCAUAUUUUUAAUAUGUAAACUCCGUAUUUAUUGGAAAUCUUUAAAGUUGUAUAUUUUUUACUUUUUAUAACUGUUUUCAAACUUGAAUAAGCUUUUUUAGUUAUUUACUAUUUCUAACAUGAUGAGAGUGUUGAAAUAAUAUUGCAACUAAACCAACUGAAACAACCACCACAAGAACUGCAAUCUUCUGAACUGUCCUCUCGUGGACCAUCCCGAUUUCGAGCGUAAACAGUCAAAUAAAGACUUUAAAAUGAACUCUCUGAUGAGGGGCACUUUAUAAAUUGACGUUCUUGUCGGCAUUUUUUGCAAGAUUAUUUCACUUGCAAAACAUGCUUUAGAUCAAUAGCCAGAGUAAGGUUUCGUGUGUUGAUCUAAGGGUGUUUUCCAAAAAAAAAAAAAUGUAGUUACCAUUAGUGCAAUAUACAUCGGGCUGUGUCGACCAUCUUCAAAACUUGAUGGAUGAUAAAUGAAUUUUUGGCCCGAUUAGGGAUAGUCAAUUGUUUCAGAUUCUUAUUGUUAGCCGUUCAGUUUCGGUUUUUGUCCGUUUAACUGAUAUGGCUUUUUGACUAGCACCAAAGUAGAAUUAAUUAUUAUUAAUAUUAUUAUUGUAUUAUUUUUUUUUGUAAUGUGUAUUUACAAAAUAUUUAAAUUGUUUUUAUAAUUAUUUUAUACACUUUUAUAUGUUUGUUAGUCAAUUUGAGGUAAGAUUUUUAAAACUUCAAUACCGAAGUUCCUCAUUUACUAUUUUGUUAGAUAUCAGACUUUUUAUGUUUUUUAUAAAUAUUAUAUAAAAUAUCAAUUUGUGUUUAUUUGAUAAACUGCUGUUAAACUUC